GAACGACCAUCAUGACAGAAAGCAUUACACCGGAGCAGCACAACACAGAAAAUACUAGCUCUACACACCAAGAAGCUACUUCAUCUCUGCCUACUUACGCAAUGUACCAGCGGAAACCGCACACGAUAUCGGCCACCAGUUUGAGUGUAGAAGCGAGUUCUAGCGCAGGCCAGGGAAAGGACGCUACACACAGGCUUCAGAUACAGCAGCUCAGAGCGUCGGCUCAGAAUCUUGGGUUGCCGAGCGAUAGCGUUGGCUACAAGAUCUUAGAGGCUUUAGCUACAGCACCCCCAAGCGAUGAAGACAUCUCUUGGCAGGAUGUUCUUAAGCUCGCGUCUUCCGAUAAGGCUACUUUGUUGUUACCCAACAUACCAAGCUCAUUUAGUAUACCCAUCAAGCCAUCUUUGAUUAGAAAUCACAUUAUUUUCACCCUAAACGCUCCACAUGGCGCCAGUGCAAGUCCUUUCAAACAGCAAGCGCAGAUGCUCGUGACGAAUGGUCUACGCGGUAGUUUGGAUGAAGAGAAAUUGGUAUUUCACGGACAUUUGAGUCAAAACUAUCUGAAUAGUAAUCUCUUUGAUAGUAAUACGAGAGCUGCUUUGCUGAACAACCUAACGCCUAUGACAAAUCAUGUUGGCUUCGAAACAGAAUUUCCAACACACAAAUGUUUCAUAACUAGCACUUUGACUAUUCCAACACCACCUAUACCGAAACAAACGGCACGUUCACGUUCAUCUUCACUCACAAAUGCUGCUAAGAAUCAAAGCAAGUCGACUUUCGCUACUUUCUUCGGUGGAGGCGACAGACGCACUUCAUUCCUCUCACCUUCAUCACUAUCUGAUGUAGCACGCAACGAAUCUGAAUAUGAAUAUGGCCCACCAGUCGAAGUAAACGUGAGGACAAUAGACGCUAGUGUCAAUUAUGACGACGUUAAACGAUCACUCAUAAAAUCAGUCAUGAAUAGAAUCAGAGAGAGACUUGAAGGUCUGCCUUCUAAAGCAAUAGACAGGGUCGUUCAGUUUGUUGUGCAGUUUUAUCCAGAUACGCCGUCUUCUGCUACUUUGUUAGCGAAGCGUGCGCCUUCAAAGAAGUUGGGAAUGGUCACUCCAAACUUGAGUGAUCCUGAUGUUAGCACUGCAGUAAUUCAAGAAUUAUAUAUCAAAGUUCGCGAUGAAGUUAGUUCAUUGUCAUGGAAUGAGCAGUUAGCUCAGAAGGAAAACGCUGGCGAAAUCAUAACUGAGCGCGAAAAGGAAACACUUGAAGAAGCUGUUGAAGAUGAAGCGUCAUUGGCUGUUGAGAGAGUAGAAAGCGUUGUAACUACUGAGAUAUUUGACCUACUUUACGUUCCUAAUAAUGCGGAAAUUAUCCGGAAUGACACAUUGUCGUCUAGAAUUGCAGCUUUGAACAUGUUAGAUCUCAAUUUGAACCACCUGGGCGUACAAGUUCCAGACGCACCUCUUAACGGACAGGAUGAAAACGAAGCUGAAGCUGACGCUAGGAAGGGUCUAGAGGCUGUCGUGAAUGACUGUGGUCAAGAGCUACAGAAAAUUGGAGGUUGCUUAAGUCCAGCUGAAAAAGUUGAUAUCCUCGUACAAGCUCACAAGAACAUUGUUGAUGGAUUAGCAGUUUUACCUCCCAUCAGAUUGCGUCCUGAGGGUGACAAUCAAGAAAGUGAUUCAGCUAAGGACGAAGAGAGUAAAGAUAGAGAAAGAGAAGAUAAGAGCAAGCCAACAAGCAGUGCAGAUUUAAUACUUCCUUUACUGAUAUUCUCGAUGGUGAAGUCAAAUCCAACACAAAUGGUUAGUAACCUACUAUUCAUUCAGCGUUUCCGAGCCGAAGGUCUCAUGUCGGGCGAGGCAAGCUAUGCAUUAGUCAAUGCAACUGCAGCCGUGGAGUUCUUGAGCUCCGUUGACCUUUCGGAGCUGGGCUUGGGAGGUAGUGAUAGAAUUAUUGGAUUUGGAGAAGAUAUCGCACAAUCGAGUCUUCCACUUCGACCAGUCCAGGUAGAAUCGGAUGAACUAUCCAGCAAGAUAAGGAGUAAAGUCACAGCUGAGAUAGGAGAUCUUGCUGGAUCCGCCAAUAAAGUUCUAUCAGGUGUGGUAGAUUCAGGGUGGGGUGCACUGAGAGGAUUGAUUGAUCGCAAUGAAGAUAACAUUCCUCCACCUACGAUAAUAAAAACAGCAGACGAGCUCACAAGUAGUCCAGUUAAUAGUAGACCACAAAAUCUUUUUAAUAGACGCACAAGUAGUAUCUCAGUAGCCAGUAUUGCGGCAAACGUAGCUAAUAUUGCAAGCGGGAAGGAUACCAAACCGCGCUUGAACACCUUCCCAGACGCCUCAUCGGAUGAUCGAGAGCUUAUGAAUAUACCAAAUUCUGCUACAACUGGUAACCCUAGUAAGGAUAUGCCUGUCUCGCAAAGCCUUGAUUUCCAACAUAAGCGCAAUGACUCAGAUGCACGGAGUGUCAAGUCUAUGAGCAGCUUUAAGAGCAACAACAGUAAUAGAGAAGAAAGUCUGGGCGAGAGGAUGAAUAUUGCGAACAGGUUGGCUAGUAUACCAGGCCUUGGUCGAUUGUCAAUCAGCCAAGGCUCACCAACUAAAAGUCAGGAAGCAACUUUGAGUGUAUCGCCUUCUCAAAAUUCGUUAUUGAAUUCCAUAUUCCCAUUCAAGCCUGGUCACUCAAGAACACAGUCAUAUAACAGCCAAUUGGCUGCUUAUGAGCCACCUAGCUCACAUUUCCUUAAUGCUAACGCAGAUGACUUGAAAGUCAGCGAGGUGAAGGCGUUAUUAAGUGACUAUAAGCGGUUGGCAGGUGUCGUUGAGUCUUUGCAAACUUUACUCGCCCAACAGCAACAACCACAGCAACAAUAAAUGGAUUUGCGAUGUUUACAGAUACACGAUUCCGUGAUACAUGUAUGACUUCAUUAUAGAUACUGAUAAGUUGAUCAAAGAUAUAUAUUGUAACUUUCCGAUUAUAGUUUU